CAUGGCGGCUAGCAGACGAACAUGGUAUGACGAGGGAAGAACUCACUUUGAAUAUAUCGUAGUUGGUUGUGGGGGAAUUGGCAGUGCUGCAGUUUAUUGGUUAGCAAAACGCGCAAAAGCAGAUGUUUUAGGAAUAGAACAGUUUGAAUUGGGGCAUCAUAAUGGUGGCUCACAAGAUCAUUCAAGAAUCGUACGUUUAACUUACCAUGAUAAACGAUACACGAAGUUAGCACGUGAUACACUCCAAACUUGGCAUGAAGUAGAGAAGGAAUCUGGUGUACAGUUGGUACAUAAAUGUGGUGGUUUAAAUAUGAGUCGACGUGGAGAAGCUGAUUUUGUCAUGGAAAAUUAUGCUAAGGGUAUGGACAGCCAUAACAUUAAAUACGAACGCCUGGAUUCUGAAGCACUGAUGAAAAAAUUUCCACAGUUCGAGGUUGGCAAAGAUGUCAUCAGUUUAUAUCAGCCGGACGCAGGUCUCGUGGAUGCUGCCUUGUCUAAUUCCGUCCAUAUUCAGCUUGCUAGAGGUUAUGGAGCAUCUAUACUUGCUAACGCACCUGUAAUACGUGUGCUUAGAAAUGAUACUGGACAAAUAACGGUUCAAACAACGAAAGGGACGUUCACCUGUCGUCGUUUAGUAGUAGCUGCCGGUGCCUGGAUUAAUCAAGUCUUGGGCUCUGUAGGCGUACACAUACCAGUUACAGUUACACAAGAACAAGUUACUUACUUGGGCACUCCGUAUAUCAGAGAUUUCACCAAAGACAAGUUUCCUAUUUUUGUUUACCAUACCCCAGGCCAUGAUUUUUAUCAGAUCCCAGUUCAUGGGAAUGCAGCAACUAAAGUAGGUGCCGAUGCUUGUGGCGAGGUCGUGACCGCUGCUACCAGAACCUUUACUCCCAAUGCAGAGCUAGAGAAACAGUCGAUAGACUUCAUGGCAUCUAUAGCACCGAAAUUUAUAGGUCCUGUUGUACAAACUAAAACAUGUCUGUAUACUAUGACCCCAGAUAGACAUUACGUCAUAGAUAAAUGUGAUCAUGUUGGCUUCUCGGACAUUGUAUUCUGCUGUGGUGCUGGGCAUGCGUACAAAUUUGCCUGUCUCAUUGGUAAAAUUUUGAGUGAAAUGGCGAUAGAUGGUCAAACUCAAUACGAUAUAUCUGGUUUUACCAAAGACAGAGAGGCCAUAACAAAUCCUAAUUUCAAGCCACUUUUCCAAAUGGCUGGUGGCAGCGCCAACAAAGCUAAACUUUAGGAGAGGACAUGCCGCAAUAAAACCUUACCUAUGUACAUGUUUACUUACAACAUGGAUUAUAUUAAUCUACA